GUCACCGGGUUUCACAGUAAACGGUUUCAUGCCUUCGUGAGUUGAUUUCACUAUUAAUUACGUCUACGAUCUGGACGUAGAGUAGUAGGAAUGAAGAUAAUUGAAAGCUAGCUGAAGCCGCUACCUAGCCACAACUUAAUUAUUUACGUGAGAUACUGUUUGGGUAAAGAUUCAUCCACUUUGUGAUACCGGUUCAUGUAACGAAAUCACCUAGAAAGAACUAUUAGGAAUCUGAAAAUGUCUUUCACUCGCGAUCGAACGAAGAGUCAAACUUCGCCAUCAUUCAAGACUCCGAUGGCAUUCAAGCCUGACUCCAAGCAUAAACCAUCUCCUUCGCGAAAAGAUUUGUGGAAAGAGGAGUUAGGAUUCGAUGACGAUGAUUCUAGUCCAGAAGCCGGCCAGUCUUCGAGUGACGAUGAGGAAUUGGAACCUGAAGCUGAUCAGCUGUUUAGCAAAGGUUCGUCAGAUGUUGAGUAUCAAGCUCUGCUUGCAGAGGUAAAACAGAAAGACAAACAACGCGAGGAACUUCUUAUGAAUCUUAAGGCCAUGACAGACAAAACUGCCAACUACAAGUCCAAGCUUCAAAAGGCAGAAAACAACAAAAAAUCCCAACUAAAAAUUCUGAAGAAGACUCACGAAUCUCAGUUAGCUAUGAAAGCAGAACUUAUUCACAACUUAGAAGAACUUAUUGAAGAACAAGAAACCAAAAUUUCCGAGCUUGAGAGUCACAUCAAAGGGUCGAUUCCUUCUCAAUCAUUGUACACUGCCAAUACAAAAGCUUCAAGUCUUAGGAAACUGGUUGACUCUAUAAAUGAUCUCCAUGCAGAGAAGAGCAGGAUUCAUGAAACAUGGCUGUCAACGCAGUCAGAACUUGAGACAGUUAAGCAUGAACACAAAGAGAACGUGAGUCGUUUGACAGAAAGCAUUUCAGAGUUGGAGAAAAAGCUCCGCAAAGCCCAGGCUGAAAAUCUCAAGUUGCAAAGCUCAGGAGUGGAAAGUAAUAAACCAAGAGAAAACGACAAACAAGUGUUUUCACUCCAAGAGGAAGUCGCCACUUUGAAAAAGAAGAUUCAGACAUUAGAACAUGAUUUACAGAGCGCUCACAAACUACACACUAAUACACAAAAUAAACUUGAAGAAGAAGCAUUGAAUCUUAGAAAGAAGCUACGAGAUACUGAAGCGAAGUAUAGUAAUCUGGCUGCUACACCGCCGAAGACGCGGACCAUCUCUGUUGUUUCCGAGGAGACCAAAAAACAGCUUGAUCAGAUGAUCGCUCAAAACAAAGAUCUGGAAGAAAUUCUUGCAAAGACGAGAUCAGACUACAACGCUAAGGUAUCCGCUCUUCAAGCUGAUAUAAAGUCUUUAAAAACGAGCAUAACGGAGAGCACAAGAAAUGAGCAAAAAGCUUUGGCCGAUUGUCGAACUUUGCAGGAAGCCGUGAAGCAAAUGAGCUCUCUCGAGUCUGCGGUGAAACGAAAAGACAGCAAAAUAAAGGCGCUUGAAUCAGAGAUCAACAAAUAUAAAGCGGAUAUCGAUCAGCUGGGACAAGAAUUUGAACAACAGACGAAAGACUUUGAAGGGGAAAAAAGACGACUUGUUGCAGAGGAGCGGGCCAAAUGUGGGAGGGAAACCAGCGUUAUGCGCUCAAAGCUGAAAAGCGUUACACAGCAGCUGAUUUUAAUGAAGAACACUUUGGACAAUAUAAAGAGAGAACAUCAAGAUCUAAGGAUAAACUGUUUAAAACUCGGGACUCGAAUUAAACCGGCAAUACGCGAGGUGAUAAAACAAGGCCCCUCAUCCAAUCCUGGUAUCAACCAGCGUGCACUCAAGCUGUUGUUCGAAGAAACACGUGAUCGCGGAGUGGAUUGGAACUACAAUAUCAACGUCUCUGUGAUCGAGAUCUAUAAUGAAAUGAUCCGUGAUCUGCUGGGUGACGAUCCAUCCACAAAACUUGAAGUGAAGCAAGGAAAAGACGGUCUUUUUGUACCUGGUCUCACCGAAAUUCAAGUGAAUAAUGUUGACGAACUGAACGAGGUGUUUGCCAUCGGAAAGACCAACAGGUCUACGGCCAUCACUGACAUGAACGAGCAUUCCUCUCGUUCCCAUGCCCUUCUCUGUGUGACGGUAACCGGUUUCAACAAAACCACAGGACGCAAGACUAUCGGAAAGCUUAACCUGGUGGACUUAGCAGGAAGUGAGAGAGUGUCGAAGAGUGGAUCUGAAGGUGCCCGGAUGAAAGAGGCUCAGAGUAUAAACAAGUCUUUGUCCUCUUUGGGCGAUGUGAUCCACUCGCUCAAAAACAAGAGUUCUCAUGUUCCCUACAGGAAUUCAAAGCUGACGUAUCUCCUUCAAGAAUCUCUGGGAGGAGAUUCCAAAACUCUAAUGGUGGUUCAGGUUUCGCCUGUGGAGAAAAAUGUAGGUGAAACAGUCUGCAGUUUGAAUUUUGCCCAGCGAGUCAGAACAGUGGAGCUUGGUCAAGCCACGAAACGGACCGUGAAAAGUUGAAUUUCGGACCCAAAAUAUUAAUCAAGAAAAACUGUCGAAAUAGCUGGUCUGUUUUCACCAGAAUUAAUUUUUGCAACGUAGUUUUUUAGUUUGCUGCCUCGAAAGAUCGUAGAGGUCUUGUCUCAUAAGUGAUAUAGGACUUAAGUUGUACAUACACGUAGCGCAAAUUUCUUCUAAAAGGUCUUUCCUAAUGUGAACGUUUCAUAAUUAAUGCAUUGUAAUUAUCCAUGUUUGAUAUCUCAAACACUCUUCUUCCGGGCUGUGUCUUUCUAAGUGCCACGCUACACGAAAACAUUUUUUACCGUCACUUUUUACAGUUCUUUGUGAAUUUUAUUCUUCUCCAAUGAACCAGCAAUUGACUUGAGAAAAAAUAAACUUUAAAUCUAAUGAGAAAUAAUAAGAAAGAUCUGUGCAAUUGAGCAGAAACUAAUUUAGAGUACCUCCAUCUUUAACAUAUUUCGAGAUGUUAAAACUUUAAAUGUAAAUAACUUUGAACAUAACUAUGCUUUGAACAAACGAAAAUUUUUUCUAUAAAGCUAUUACAGAAAUGUAUAUUUACUUGAUUUUAAAGAAAUUGUUCAACCCUAUGUGAAUUUUGCAAUUUUGUGAAUUUUUCAUAAGACUUCAUUUGAAAGCUUUUUUCUAUUCAAUGAACAAGAAAAUAUUUUGACACCAUGAAUUCUCGAAUUUGUAGGUAUAUUUUUAUGAUAGCUUUGUAAUUUCUAACGUUCUGUGAUGAAUUUAGCACGACUAUUUGUAAAUGUUUUGAAUCAUUCGACAGUAUGUCAACUAUUUAUAAAUCCAUGAAGUUUUGCACAAUGCAAUAAAGAACAUUACGAUUUUUA